AUGUUUCUUCGGUGCUCAAUAGAUGUUGAGGAAUUUCUUAAAUUUGACAAAAAACUAAUGCCAUUUGAUCCAAAAAUAUUUGAGGAAAUGAAGCUAAGCUUCAAUGAGUAUUAUUAUGAUGCAGAAAAAUAUUAAGUCGAAAAAGCAGAAUAAAAGAUUGUACCUUUUGAAAGUGGAACAUCAGGAGUAUUCGAAAUUGAUUACCUCAUGUUUAACAGUACAGAUUCUAUAGUCUAGAUAUAUCCAGAAUUCCAAUAGUAAGCAUUUCCUAAGUUUGUCUCUGAAACAACUUUCGGUGAAAAUGUCACUAAUAAUGGUUUUUAGUAGUUCACACAUUAACAUUGCUUCAAUCGACAGUUGAAGAACUAUUUGGAAAAAGAACUUGUUAAGCAUAAUGAUAAAGAUACAAGAUAAGAUAUUUAGAGUAUCUACAGCUAUGAAAAUUUUCUAGAGAUUACUUAAGAGUUGAAAGAAAAUAAAGUGUAGUUAAAACAUCUUUAAAUUGAAAGAUAGUUAAUAGACCGCAACAUUGAAUCCUAGAUAACUUUCAGAAUUUGUUGA